AUGCAAAGGCCUAGAGACAAGAGGGUGCUCGACCGGCAAGAGAGGCCCGCACGGCUGCAAAGGGGCUUGCAGUGCGCAGAAGAUCUGGAGAUGAGGCCGGAGGGCAAGCGUGGGUCGGCUUGGCCUCGCGGGCUGAACCCGCGCCCUAGCGGGGCCUUUCCUGCGUGCCGCAUCCAACAUGGCGGCCACAUGGAACCCGCCCGCGGGCGAGCGGAAGUGCGUAUCGGCGGGCGCCGGAAGUGGAAGAUGGCUCCGCCCCCUGCUCGGGUCUCUGUGGAGCCGCGGACGCGCCGGCUUUGA